CCAUGUGCUCAGGGGCGAAGACCACACCGCUGCUAAUACAAUCAUGUUUCCGAACUGCCUGCGAUGACGGGCUCAUUUGGGGAUGCACCCACACGAUCGAAGGCUAUAGUGCUCUGAACAGCAGCCUCGAUACAUUCAUGUGCUGAAUUUGCUAGGUCCUGCAAAUUGUCGCUUAGGACUUGACGUCCUGAAUUGUUAUGCAUCGAUCCUGGUAGCUCGCCGUUUGCAUAAACUCCAUCGUUUCCUGGUGUAGAUGCAGACAUUGCAGCGCUUGAAGCCGGAGAUUCGACGCUUGAACGGGGCACAAGUCUUGGCUCUUUGAUUUUUUCGAGUGCGGAAAAGAGGACUGGUCGCAAAAUUACGUAUUUCGCGCCGUAUACUUUGGCUCGCAACCGAGCUACGCUGAGGUCAGUAGAGGGCGGUUCCUUGUCAUCCCAAGUAAGGACCGGUGGUAGACACCCUCGCCAGUUGUGAAGAAUGGCCGCCAUUGUUUUCGCAGUAAGGAGGGUGUUACUCUGGGGGUUUCCCAUGACGCUAUAAAGUGAAUUGUGCGCGCC